AAAAAAAAACUGACCCGGAUUGGUUGGAAGACGUGUCCAUCAGCGAACGCAGGCGGAAGUAGAGCGCGACUUCAGCCAAGGAGGAGGCUGCCAGGCUGCCAGGCUUCCAGACAUGAAUUCUUUGGAACAAGCCGAAGACUUGAAGGCUUUUGAAAGAAGACUUACAGAAUAUGUCUCAUGUCUGCAACCUGCUACAGGGAGAUGGAGAAUGAUUUUGAUAGUGGUGUCUGUUUGCACGGCUACUGGGGCAUGGAACUGGUUGAUAGACCCUGAUACACAAAAGGUGUCAUUUUUUUCAUCACUUUGGAAUCACCCCUUUUUUACCCUUAGCUGCAUCACUCUUAUUGCGCUAUUCUUUGCUGGCAUACACAAACGGGUUGUGGCACCAUCAAUUAUUGCUGCUCGUUGUCGAACAGUUUUAGCGGAAUACAACAUGUCUUGUGAUGAUACUGGAAAACUCAUUCUAAAGCCAAGGCCCAAUAUCCAGUGACCAUCACCUAGCAACAUGGUUAUCAAUUAAUCUUGUGUUUAGCUUGUCUCUGAAGUGGUUUUAAGUAAAUUUGCACCCCGUUGGAAGGAAAACUUUUAUUCGAGUCACUGCAUUUAUGCCAAUUCAUGAACUAAACUUGCUUUUUAUGCUGAGUGGACACUUUUAGAUGUUUCUUUUUUAAUAUUAUUAGGAAAUAAAUGGUUAAAUGUG